CGAAGACUUGUUGUUACUGUUGUGUUUCUGAAUACAUUUUAAGAGAAAAUCAUAUCUCCCAGAUCGUCUCCAUGGCGGACCGCUAUUCUUUCUCCCUGACCACCUUCUCGCCCAGGUAGGUUGGAGCUCCCCCGCUUGUAGGAGAAGAGGUUUAUGUUAACGAUAGUCUAUAGCGGCAAGCUGGUUCAGAUUGGUAUUUUUUAUCUGGAGGUUGUUGAAGAUUCACCAUGAUGCUAAUUUGCCUAGAAUAUGCCUUGAACGCUGUCAACCAGGGUGUGACUGCCCUGGGCAUCAAAGCUACGAAUGGAAUUGUUCUUGCAACCGAGAAAAAGUCAUCCUCACCGCUCAUCGACCCGCCAUCGCUCUCGAAGAUCUCUCUCAUCACCCCUGACAUUGGCAUGGUCUAUGCGGGUAUGGGCCCGGACUACCGUGUGCUCGUAGACAAGGCCCGCAAGGUUUCCCACACCGGCUACAAGCGGAUCUAUAACGAGUACCCCCCCACCCGGAUAUUGGUGCAAGAUGUUGCCCGUGUGGUACAGGAAGCCACCCAGUCUGGUGGUGUUCGGCCCUACGGUGUGAGUCUGUUGGUUGCCGGCUGGGAUGAAGGCAUCGAACCUGAAAGCGGAGAGAGCCAGCUCGGGAGCACAGGCGAGGAACCGAAGAAGACCCCCGGUAAGACCGGCGGUAUCCUCAAGGGAGGCCCCAGUCUGUAUCAGGUCGACCCCAGCGGCAGUUACUACCCCUGGAAGGCCACGGCCAUUGGAAAACAUGCUACAAGCGCCAAGACCUUCCUCGAAAAGCGUUAUACUGAAGGACUCGAGCUGGAAGACGCCAUUCACAUUGCCCUCUUGACUCUCAAGGAGACAAUUGAGGGCGAAAUGAACGGUGACACGAUAGAAAUUGGUAUUGUGGGACCGCCGGCCGAUCAUCUGCUGGGAGUCGAGGGUGUGGAAGGCGCCAAAGGCCCCCGGUUCAGGAAAUUGAGCAAAGAGGAGAUUGAAGAUUAUCUCACCAAUCUAUGAUUUAUUUACGUCGCCA